AUGUGGAGCCUGACUAAAAGCCUUGUGGUGCUCCAGCGGGAUAGCGACAACGACGUGGUUAGGAUGACCGUCGUUCUCCUGACUUAUUUCUUCCUGGACAAGGAUGCCCCGAUACCGAGCCCCAUCGCCCUGCAGCUGGCUGAGGCCCUCCUGCCACUCUUUGACAACGAUGACAGCCAGGUGCAGCUGCUCUCCAUGUUUGUCUUCAGAACACUGAUGUCUUUUGUCAUAGAAAAAGAGCCCCUGAAAACACAAGUGUGCCAGAGCCUGCUCCCACUCUUCUUCCACUGCCACGAUGAGAACCAGCACGUGGCAGAGGCUUCUCGGGAAACGCUGCUUUGUGCGGUCCAGUUCCUGAAGAGGAGAGAUCUCGAAAAGCUGGUGAAGAAGGAGAAGCUGUGGAAGUUCGCCGAGUGCCUGCUGGCAGAGGACAGGAGCCAAGCGGCCGAGCACCUGCGCCUGGCCCUGCCGUACCUGGAGAACCCGCAGGAGCCCCUGCGAGAGGCGGCCGUCAGGUUCAUGGAGAUUGCCGGGCGGAGCAUGAGGGGGCAGCACAAAGAGCUCCAGCUCAUGUGCAAAGCCCUUGAACACCUGACAGAGGACAUCAGCCCUGCUGUCUCCAACCUGGCACUUCAAACAUUGUACGUUCUCCGGUCACUAGAGACGUCUCGAUACUCCAUAUUCCGGAGGCUGCAGGAUCAACUCCGCAGGGCAUGGAAGACACGGCCUCGGCUGUCGAGCCUUGGCCGGCUGUGUUUCUGGAGCUCUGCGGAGAGCUGAUCUGGGAGGCUCUGCCUGCUGGGGCCACCUGAGCCAGAGGGGAUUUUCUUUUCUUUAAGAAUUUUCUUUUCUUUUCUAUAUUCUGUAGAAUAUAAAUAUAGAAUGUGUUAUAAUA